GAAAUAAAAGAUUUGUUGAAUUCUCGAAAGAGGUUCAGGUUCGUCGGUUCUUUCCCAUUUCAUCCGCCAUCGUCGUUCUCAUCGGUUUCCCCAGCUCAGACCCGACGUAGCAAAUCAUUUCGUUCAGCCGAAAUCUUCUUAUGAUCAAGUGCGCUAAAUCUCCUUGGUUUUAGUUAUUGAACGCAACUAUUGUAGUCAUGGCUACCUUAAACGAAAAAGUUACAUAUUCUUCCCUUUCUAAUGUUGGAAAGGUGAACAGAGGCCACAAUGAUGAUGACGAAUGUGAUUCCCUAUGGGCCAUGCCUAAUGAUAGUGCGCCCUUCCAUUCGAACUCUAAGUUUUCUUUUGAAUCUGAAGACUUCAUUGAGGAAGGAUACGAUUCAAGUGAUGAAUUCGAUAUUCCAAAGCAAAAUAGUAUGCGUCCAGAGGUGAAUUUAAAAAAUGUUUUAAAUGGGAUGUUUGCUAUAUUGACUGGUGUGAAUAAAUCUUCCGAUGUUUCCUCCGAUCAACAAGUUCCCAGUUCAAAUAUUUCAUUCCUUGGUUCUGAAAAGAAUGGAGAUACUUAUUUGCAUUCCUCGGUCUACAUUCCCAGUGCCCCACCUCUUUUCGAGCCAAAUACGAUUAAUUAUAAUGCUUAUAAAGAUGUUUUGGAGGCUGAGCCUCCAGAGUGGCUUCCAGAUAGUUCUUCUUCGAUUUGUAUGCAGUGUACUGCCCCUUUUACUGCAAUCACUCGUGGUAGGCAUCAUUGUCGAUUUUGUGGAGGGAUUUUCUGUCGAGCCUGUACAAAUGGGAGGUGUUUGAUGCCUAUUAAGUUCAGAGAGAGAAAUCCACAGAGGGUAUGUGAUGCCUGUUAUGACAGGCUUGAUCCUUUACAGGGUGUACUUAUUAACAGCAUUAGCAAUGCUGUGCAAAGGGCGAAACAUGAUGUGAUGGACUGGACGUGUUCAAGAGGGUGGUUGAAUCUCCCUAUUGGUCUAUCCAUGGAACAUGAGAUAUACAAAGCAUCCAAAACGCUAAGAGGAUACUUCCAGGUCUCUAGGCUAAAUCCUGAAAAGUCUAUACCCUCGGCUGUACUAAAGAGGGCCAGAGGUCUUGCAAUUUUGACAGUUGCCAAAGGUGGAGUGUUGGUUGCUUACAAAUUUGGCACUGGUUUGGUAAUUGCCCGAAGGUCAGAUGGUUCGUGGUCUGCCCCUUCAGCUAUAUUAUCUGUUGGAUUAGGAUGGGGUGCCCAGAUUGGUGGCGAGCUCAUGGAUUUCAUAAUCGUGCUUCAUGAUUCAAAAGCUGUUAAAACAUUCUGUAGCCGAAUGCACUUCUCACUUGGUGCUGGGUGUAGUGUUGCUGCUGGUCCUGUUGGUAGAGUCUUGGAGGCAGAUAUCCGUGCUGGAGAUCGGGGUUCUGGCAUGUGCUAUACGUACAGUUGUAGCAAAGGCGCAUUUGUUGGAGUAUCAUUGGAAGGAAACGUUGUAGCAACAAGGAUGGACACAAAUCUAUGCUUUUAUGGUGAUCCCUAUCUAACCACCUCUGAUAUUCUGUUGGGGACGGUAGAGAGGCCGAGAGCUGCCGAACCGUUGUACUCUGCGCUUGAUGACUUCUAUUCCAUUCUGCAAUGACCAACUCUCCUCGUUGUAUAGCAGACGUCUCCAUGGCUGUGCUGUGCUAUGAACUGCCGUGUAAGCUCUGAUCCAAAGUUUAUAUUUCCUAGAUUGUAAAUAUACAUGCAUCCACAACUAGAAGCAUAUAGUUAUUGCCUUGUCUCAAAGUUUGGCUGGUUUAUUCUUGUGUAAAUAUACAUUUAUUUGCAACCCACCCCAUAAGCAUUGUAAUGUUUAGAAUUGGAAUGUUUAUUCAUUGUAUAAAUAUAUAUUUAUUAGCAUA